AUGGAACUCUCAAACCUCACCAAGAAGAAGCUCAGGUACUUAUGGAACUGCAGUCACAGUCUUUUCUCUCCCUGCUCUCAAUUUCCGUUUUCAAAAACUCUAAUUUCCCGUAGAUCCUCCUUUAAUGCAAUAUUCGUCACGGAUCAAGCCGAGACAAACCACACUUCGCAUCCCUCAACUGGUUCUUCCGCAAUUUUCUCUGAAUCAAACCCAUCUCCUCGUUCUUUAGAAUUUUCACAUUUCUAUAGGUAUAGUGGUUGUAAAGGUUUAUCCUUGAUUCAUUCGAAUGGGGCAACUUCUUCAGUUUUUUCUAAUCCCGGUAUUUUUAGUAUUCACAGUGAUUCGUGCUUUAGAUGGUAUUCAACAUCUUCUAUUAGAAGUUCUACAUCGAAGGAAGUUGGGAUUGGUCGGACUAGAAUGUAUGCUACUUCGAAACAUGUUUACCAGAUUAUUGAAUUGAUUAGAAGUGGUGAUAGUGAGUUAGAGAACAAAUUAAGUUCAAUGAAUGUUUAUCUAUCUAUUGCCACCGUGACUCAGAUUUUCCAGGUCUUGACUUCCGAGAAGGUGUCUGCAUUGCGAUUCUUUCAUUGGAUUAGACAUUGGCAGCCGGAAUUCUACAGUAAUUCUGAUGUUUGCAGUUUAAUGAUUGAUAAUUGUGGUUGCUCAGGAGAUUAUAGUUCAAUGCAAUCUCUUUUAAAUGAUUUUACUAGAAUGAAAGGUUUUCGUCUUAACAAAAGUGCAUUUAGGUUUUUGCCUGUCCUGGUCUCAAGUAACGAAUCACUGAAGAAAUCUGUUGAGAUAGUGGUUGAUGUGUUGGAAAAAGUUGGAGGGUCUUCUCGAGCUUCGGGGAUCGUUGCCUUGAUCGAGAUGCUUAGUGCCAUGGAUUCCUUUGAAAUGGCCCUCUCUGUUAUCAAGGAAGCAGGGAGGAGGGUAUCCUAUUACAAUAUUUUGGUUAGGGAAAAGUGUCGAAGGUGUGAUUUCAAUGGAGCCAAAGGGAUACUUAAUGAGAUGAGGCAGGAUAACUGUCCUCCACCCAUGCAGACUUAUAAUUACAUGCUAAGUAGUUUAUGUAAGAAUGAUAAGUUCGGUGAGGCUUCUGAACUGCUUGAAGACAUGGAUGAAAGAUUUUGUCCUCCAGAUGCAAUAACCUUUGAGAUUUUUAUAUGUCACUCUUGCGAGGCUGGAAAGUUAGACAUUGCAUCUCGUCUUUUAGACCAAAUGGAGAAGAGGGGUGUUGAACCUCGGCUUACAACUCACGCCAUCUUUAUCAAGGAGUAUUUCAAAGCAGGAAAAUAUGAGGAAGCCUACAAUUAUGUGGUUGAUUCAAGCAAGAAGUACAAAUGUUGUAGCAAUAUGAACUACAGCUUGCUUGCAAGUCUUCAUCUCAAAAGAGGAAAUCUGGUUGCUGCCCUGGAUAUUUUGUAUGAAAUGAUAGAUAAAGAUGUAAGACCAUAUUAUCGUGUGUAUAGAAAAGUGUUGAAGCACCUACAGAAGUCAGGCAGGGAAGAUUUGGCUAAAGAUCUAAACAGCAGGCUCUCUAGUUUCAGUUUGGAAUUGACCAAGGAUAUUGGAUGA